AUGGACAACAAUACCCUGAACAGGUACUGUGAUAAAAAAGUAUUGAUGAAACGAGAUGAAACUAAAAGGAACGUAACGAAAGUGCUUCCUCUUGUGGAUGAGAUUUUGAGGUACGUUCAUUCCCGGGACAGACGCUUCCUGAUACAGCCCCUCAAGGUAGGCAGUUAUAACACGCAGCUGAAGGUGGAAAAAGCGGAUGAAUUUGACUACAACGUCAUCGUUGAUGUCGGUAAGCUGGUUUGGGGACCUGGGAAAACAAGAUACUAUGGAUUUAACAACACCAGGGAUAAAGUGGUGGAGAAAAAAGGAUACGCGCUUCCGGAUCCUCCUGUUGGGCAGGGUUUUAUUGAAAUUGGGCGCCUUAAACAGCAAUGGGAGGCUGACGGAAUGAAGAGCAUGACAUGUGAAGAUGACAUAGUUCCAAUCAAGGUAAAGAGGAUAUUCAAAGCUCUUGUUGGCGAGGCAGUUAAUCAGCCAAAAUACAGAAACCUGAUUACAACAGACAGGAUAUCGAGUUCUCCUGCUACUACCCUGUCUGUGAAAUUCCCGGACAUUCACUACCCAAUCAGCAUUGAUCUUUGCCCUAUGAUCGAAUCUCAGGUAGAAUUUAGAUCCGAAUUCCACUGGCCUAGACCGAACAGUGACUGGCCUUCGAAGCAGAAGAGAUCAACCAUAAAGAAAAUAGGUGUGAAUGACAUAGCAAAAGAACCAUUCUAUUGGACAUAUUCUUUCGCCGCAUGUGAAAAGGAACUUCUGGAUGGAAUUGACAUUAAAGGAACAUGUAGAAAGAAAAGUCAACGGAUCAUGAAGCGACUGAAAGACGACGUAUGGUGUUCACCAGGUAUGAAGUCAGAACUGACAUCAUACCACCUGAAGAACGUGCUGUUCUGGGAGUGUGAGGAUCAUCCUUUUGACACCGAAUGGCAGCAGGAACUCAUGGCGACUCGCGUGAAGUCAAUGACGUAUCGUCUGCUCGUCUAUAUCCAGAGGGGCAUUUUCCCGUUGUACUUCCAUACCGGUGUGAAUCUGCUUUCCAACAAGGAUAAUGUUGUACUCCAAAAGGUAGCAAACAACAUCCAGGCAUUUCUCGAUCAGCCAAAACCAUAUCUGUCUAAGUAA